AUGGCGAGCAUUUGUGUCUCUCAACUGGGAACCAUCUGCAGCUCCAAGACUUUGCUCCUGCUGUUCUCCACACUGCUGCUCCACGGGCCUAUCUGCGGACAAAGCAACCCGAUUUCCAACACCCACCAGAGGCAUCGCCCGGCUCCGGGGCUCGGAGACGGGCAUGGGGGAGUCAUGGAUCCGUCGCUGCUGGAGCAGGACAGCAGCACGGACAUGCAGAGCCUGCUGGAGAGCCUGAAGGAUCAGUUUCUGAGGACGUUCAACCUGUCCGGUGUAGGUCCCCCUCCCAUGCCACCUGGAAGCACCCGAGAGGAUCCACCGGAGUACAUGAUGGAGCUCUAUAACCGUUUUGCUAACGACCGCACUGCAAUGCCCACUGCCAACAUCAUCCGCAGCUUCAAGAACGAAGAUUCAUCUGCGAGCACUGUGGGUGUUGGAGGCGUCCGCUGUCACCCGCUCCUCUUCAACGUGUCAGUCCCCCAUCAUGAACGCAUCACAGCGGCUGAGCUGCGCCUCUACACCCUUGUCCAGACCGACCGCCAUCUCUACGCGGGGGUCGACCGCAAGGUGACUAUUUUUGAACUGGCGUCCCACGACAGAGACGACAACGUCACUGAUGAGAACCCUGUGAGGGGGGACGCCUUCAGAGGGGGCGGGGACAGGAUCGAGUCAGUGGAGCUGGCUUCACGGCAGGUCUUUGGCACGGAUAACGGCUGGGAGGCUUUCGACAUCACUGCUGCCGUUCAGCGCUGGCGCAAAUCUGACCGUGGAACCACGCACCGGUUGGAAGUGCAAAUUGCUAGCAUGGCCGUGGAUGACAAGGAAGGUCUGACGGAAGGCAACGCAGAAAAGAAUCCGCCUGAAGGAGACAUGAAGAUCGACACCAGCCCGGGUGAAAAGCACAAACCUCUUCUGAUCGUUUUCUCCGACGACCAAAGCAGCGAUCACCGCGACGACAAACGAGAGCUGAACGAGAUGAUCGACCACGAGACCUCUAACAUGGUUCUGGAGAAUGACUUGGGGAUUGGCCUGAACGAGCUGUGGGAGGAGCUGGGGCGGGACAACGGUGAAGACGAAGAAGCCGAGCCCGACGAAGAAGACCUCAUCCAAAUGCGCUCCAAUCUCAUCUACGACACGGCAUCCCGCAUUCGUCGGAACGCAAAGGGGAACCACUGCAAGAAGCAAUCUCUGUACGUGGAGUUCAAGGACAUUGGGUGGGACAGUUGGAUCUUGGCGCCCACCGGUUAUGACGCCUUCGAGUGCAGUGGCGUCUGUUCCUUCCCGCUCACUAAGCACGUCACGCCCACCAAGCACGCCAUUGUCCAGACGCUGGUUAAUAUCAACAGUCCUCAGAAGGCAGCGCGGGCAUGUUGCGUUCCCACCAAGCUGGACCCCAUUUCCAUGCUGUACCUGGACGACACAGGGGUGGUCACCUACAAGUACAAGUUUGAAGGCAUGGUGGUGGCGGAGUGUGGCUGCAGAUAG